GGCCUCCUCGCGGCACGGCCUGGCCCCGCCCUCGGGCCUCCGUGGCGCCCUCCUCCCCGCCUCGGCCUCUCUCCAGCUCAGUGCUCGCUCCACGUUCCACGCUGCGGCCUCGAGCGCCCGCGAGAGGCAGCUUCGCGGUCGCCGCGCACGCGCCCCAGUCUCUCGCUCACGGCUCUCCCCACGCGAGUGCCUCGCCCGCGAGCGCACGUUCGUUUCUCCUCGCGCGUCCGGCUCUCGGCCGCGGCGGCGGCGGCGGCGGGCGGACCGUGCGGGGCAGCAGCGGAUCGGCCGCCGCGGGCUGGACGGCCGACCAUGGAGGCGGACGGGGCCGGAGAGCAGAUGAGACCGCUUCUCACCCGGGGUCCCGAUGAAGAAGCUGUUGUAGAUCUUGGCAAAACCAGCUCAACUGUGAACACCAAGUUUGAAAAAGAAGAACUAGAGAGUCAUCGAGCUGUGUAUAUAGGUGUCCACGUGCCAUUUAGUAAAGAGAGUCGCCGGCGUCACAGGCAUCGUGGACACAAACAUCACCACCGGAGAAGAAAAGACAAAGACUCAGACAGAGAAGAUGGACGGGAAUCUCCUUCUUACGACACACCAUCCCAGAGAGUCCAGUUCAUCCUGGGUACUGAAGAUGAUGAUGAAGAACACAUUCCCCAUGAUCUCUUCACGGAAAUGGAUGAGCUGUGCUACAGAGAUGGAGAAGAGUAUGAAUGGAAAGAAACUGCCAGAUGGCUGAAAUUUGAAGAGGAUGUUGAAGACGGCGGUGACCGGUGGAGUAAGCCUUACGUGGCGACCCUCUCUUUGCACAGUCUUUUUGAACUGAGAAGUUGCAUCCUAAAUGGAACAGUCAUGCUGGAUAUGAGAGCAAGCACUCUUGAUGAAAUAGCAGAUAUGGUAUUGGACAACAUGAUCGCCUCUGGCCAGUUGGACGAGUCCAUAAGAGAGAAUGUCAGAGAAGCCCUUCUGAAGAGGCACCAUCAUCAGAAUGAGAAAAGGUUCACCAGCCGGAUUCCCCUUGUUCGAUCUUUUGCAGAUAUAGGCAAGAAACAUUCUGACCCUCACUUGCUUGAAAGGAAUGGGGAAGGCCUUUCAGCCUCCCGCCACUCUUUGCGAACAGGUCUGUCUGCCUCAAACCUUUCAUUGAGAGGAGAAUCACCUUUAUCUCUUCUUCUCAGUCAUCUUCUUCCUUCUUCAAGAGCUGGAACCCCUGCAGGCUCGAAGUGUACAACCCCAGUACCCACCCCUCAGAACAGUCCUCCUUCCAGCCCUAGGCUCAGUCGCCUGAACUCCAGAAGUUCCCAGCAGAGGCAGCUUCAGGCCCCAGAGCUACUGGUUUCACCUGCCAGUGACGAUAUUCCCACAGUAGUAAUUCAUCCGCCUGAGGAAGACUUAGAAGCACUGCAAGGCCAGGAGCAGAAGAAUGAGGAAAAUGUUGACAUAACUUCAGGUAUUUUGGCCUCUCCACAGUCUGCACCUGGAAACUUGGACAAUAGUAAAAGUGGAGAAAUGAAAGGUAAUGGAAGUGGAGGAAGCAGAGAAAAUAGUGCUGUUGACUUCAGCAAGGUUGAUAUGAAUUUCAUGAGAAAAAUUCCUUCGGGAGCUGAGGCAUCCAAUGUUCUGGUGGGAGAAGUGGAUUUUUUGGAGAGACCUAUAAUUGCGUUUGUGAGACUGGCUCCUGCUGUUCUUCUCUCAGGGCUGACCGAGGUCCCUGUUCCUACAAGGUUUUUGUUUCUGUUAUUGGGUCCUGCAGGCAAGGCGCCGCAGUACCACGAAAUUGGAAGAUCAAUAGCCACCCUCAUGACGGAUGAGAUUUUUCAUGAUGUAGCUUAUAAAGCAAAAGACAGAAAUGACCUCCUAUCUGGAAUUGAUGAAUUUUUAGAUCAAGUGACUGUCCUACCUCCAGGAGAGUGGGACCCUUCCAUACGCAUAGAGCCGCCGAAGAGCGUUCCUUCUCAGGAAAAGAGAAAGAUUCCUGUAUUUCCCAAUGGAUCUGCCCCCAGCUCGGGUGAGACCCCUAAGGAGGCCCCACACCAUGCUGGGCCUGAGCUACAGAGGACUGGACGGCUUUUUGGUGGUUUGAUACUUGACAUCAAAAGGAAAGCACCUUUUUUCUUGAGUGACUUCAAGGAUGCAUUAAGUCUGCAGUGCCUGGCCUCGAUUCUUUUCCUAUACUGUGCCUGUAUGUCUCCUGUAAUCACUUUUGGAGGGCUGCUUGGAGAAGCUACAGAAGGCAGAAUAAGUGCAAUAGAGUCUCUUUUUGGAGCAUCAUUAACUGGGAUUGCCUAUUCGUUGUUUGCUGGGCAACCUCUAACAAUAUUGGGGAGCACAGGUCCAGUUUUAGUGUUUGAAAAAAUUUUAUUUAAAUUCUGCAGAGAUUAUCACCUUUCCUAUCUGUCUUUGAGAACCAGUAUAGGUCUGUGGACUUCUUUCUUGUGCAUUGUUUUGGUUGCGACAGAUGCAAGCAGCCUUGUGUGUUACAUCACCCGGUUCACUGAGGAGGCUUUCGCAGCUCUCAUUUGCAUCAUAUUCAUCUAUGAGGCUUUGGAGAAGCUCUUUCAUUUAGGAGAAAUAUAUGCAUUUAAUAUGCACAACAAUUUAGAUGAACUGACCAGCUACUCAUGUGUAUGUGUUGAGCCUUCUAACCCUGGCAAUGAAACUCUGAAGGUGUGGGAGGAAAGGAAUGUAACAGCACACAACAUUCCCUGGGGGAACCUCACUGUCUCUGAAUGUAAAAUCUUUCAUGGUACAUUUGUAGGAUCAGCUUGUAGUCUCCAUGGACCUUAUAUUCCAGAUGUGCUCUUUUGGUGUGUCAUCUUAUUUUUCACAACAUUUUUUCUGUCUUCAUUCCUCAAGCAAUUUAAGACCAAGCGCUAUUUUCCUACCAAGGUGCGAUCGACAAUCAGUGACUUUGCUGUGUUUCUCACCAUAGUAAUAAUGGUUGCAAUUGACUACCUUGUAGGAGUUCCAUCUCCUAAACUUCAUGUUCCUGAAAAAUUUGAGCCUACUGAUACAAAUAGGGGCUGGAUCAUAAGCCCUUUGGGAGAAAAUCCUUGGUGGACCUUAUUAAUAGCUGCUAUUCCAGCUCUGCUUUGUACCAUUCUCAUCUUUAUGGAUCAACAAAUUACAGCUGUAAUCAUAAACAGAAAGGAGCACAAGUUGAAGAAAGGAGCUGGCUAUCACCUUGACUUGCUCGUGGUUGGUGUUAUGUUGGGAGUUUGCUCUGUCAUGGGACUUCCAUGGUUUGUGGCUGCAACAGUGUUGUCAAUAAGUCAUGUCAACAGCCUAAAAGUUGAAUCUGAAUGUUCUGCUCCAGGGGAACAACCCAAGUUUUUGGGAAUUCGUGAACAGCGGGUUACAGGGCUAAUGAUUUUUAUUCUAAUGGGCCUGUCUGUGUUCAUGACUUCAGUACUAAAGUUUAUUCCAAUGCCUGUUCUAUAUGGUGUUUUCCUCUACAUGGGAGUUUCCUCAUUAAAAGGAAUCCAGUUUUUUGACCGUAUAAAAUUAUUUGGAAUGCCCGCUAAGCACCAGCCCGACCUGAUUUACCUCCGCUACGUGCCGCUUUGGAAGGUCCACGUCUUCACAGUCGUCCAGCUCACCUGUCUGAUCCUCUUGUGGGUGAUAAAGGCUUCGGCUGCUGCAGUAGUUUUUCCCAUGAUGGUUCUUGCGUUAGUCUUUGUACGCAAACUCAUGGAUCUGUGUUUCACAAAGAGAGAGCUUAGUUGGCUUGAUGAUCUCAUGCCAGAAAGUAAGAAAAAGAAAGAAGACGACAAAAAGAAAAAAGAGAAAGAGGAAGCUGAGAGAAUGCUUCAAGCUGGUGAAGAUACAGUGCAUCUUCCAUUUGAAGGGGGAAGCCUCUUGCAGAUUCCAGUUAAGGCGCUAAAAUACAGUGUUGAUCCCUCAGUUGUUAACAUAUCAGAUGAAAUGGCCAAAACUGCACAGUGGAAGGCACUGUCCAUGAAUACUGAGAAUGCCAAAGUAACCAGAUCUAACACGAGCCCUGAAAAACCUGUAAGUGUGAAAAUAAGUUUUGAAGAUGAACCAACAAAGAAAUACAUGGAUGCUGAAACUUCAUUAUAGAAUUGAACCAAGAGGAAUUAUUUAUAGAUAUAUAUAUAUACAUAUAUAUGUGUAUGUAUAUAUAAUAUUUCAUGUCACUAUAUAUAACAAUAUUGUAUGUCAUGCCAUUUAUGCAUGACUACGGGGUUUUUUGAAGUAGUGUCUGAAGUUUGUUAGGAGCACCAUGGAGACUGUGUGUAUAAUGAAAUGGUCUCUUAGAAGUGAGGUACAUGAUUCUUACUACUCAAAUAUUUAUUUUUCUGUUGGAAAAUUUUUUUCUGUUCUUCAAUAGAAAAAUGUGGGGAAAUGCAUUCAGUCUACUUUUCUUUACAUCUGUUUGUUCAUCAGUGGCAGUCCAUACCAACCUUAAGUGAUACGUAUUUAAAUUUUUUCAUUGAGUUGCUAGAAAUGUUCCCAUAUUACUUCCUUUCUGCUAGGGCUUUGUGGGAAGAACAGGGCGUCUCUGCCAGUGGUGGGGCACAGAUGGGGCCGUAUCCUGGCUGCUGUGUGUGUGUUGCAUUACAUACAUGUCCAUCAUGUUUCACAGAUGAUGGGAACUUUUUCGCUAUAGAGGUAGAACAGUGGAAACUUUCUAGAUAAGAACUAUAAUUUUGACCUUUAUGUUUUUGAAAUUUAUUUUAAACUUUAAAACCUCCACAUCUAGGUCUCCAUUCUGAUAGACAAGUAUAACUGCAGGUGAUUUUAUAAUUUAACUCCCAUACCACUCAUUAGUUUAUGAAUUUUAAAAGCUAUAAAAUACCAAAUUAUAAUAGUUAAAUUUUGUUGCCUUUGUAGAAAUUUUUUUCUGAAUCCUAGUACUCUGUUAGAGCCCCAAAUGCCCACUCUAUUCUCUGCCUUUGCUGUCCUUUACUUAAAAUGUGGUUUAGUUUGUAUCAGGUUCAAGUUCUUGAUUAUUUUUCUAUUAUAAGUAGUAUGACUAAAUAAUCAGGAGUCAGAAUUCUCUUAAGUGGGUUUAUGAUCAGUAUUACUUUAUUAUGAAUUACCUUUCAUU